AAGUUGAAGUAUGGAUUACUACUCUUUACAUAAUUGUUAAAGCAAUUCAAAGUUUGAUCUAAGAUAGUUCACAACAAUCAAAGCAAUUCAAAGAUGAUCUGUCUUAUCAUUCCAAAUUUCCAAACAAACUCUCUCAAUUCCCAAGAUUUCAUUUGAUUUUCCCAUGAUUUUUCUUGAACCCUAGCUUUGAUUCCAAGUUUUCUUCAAGACCCUCAAUACAAUUUCUGAAAAUCAAAGAGAAAAGGAAGAAGAUGUUCACCCUCAAACUCCACACCGUCGACUUCCCUCAACCUCUCCACACCACCCUCACUUCCACCACCUCCGCCGCCGCCGGCCCGAAUGCGAAUACUAAUCUGAAGCCCGCCCAACUGAUGGGAGUGGCCCAUCUCUUCCGUCAGUUGCCGUCCGCCUCCGUCCCUGCCGUCACCGUUGCCAAUAUCAGCGCUCGCACCACUCUGGUCUUCGUGGUGGCCGUCCCCAACUAUUUGUCUUCGGAUGACUUCCUCCUCUUCUGUGGGAAUCACGUCCCUCACUUUGAAGAAAUCCUCUUCCUAAGGAAUGAUGGAAUGGAGGACAGGUAUAGUGUUCUGAUCAGGCUAGAAAGUCAGUUGGCGGCUGAUGGGUUCUACUGUAGUUACAACGGCAAAAGAUUCAAGCCAUCUGAGGUUGAGGUUUGCCAUAUAUAUUUUGCUCAAGCAGUUGAGUACACUGAAUCUGCAGAAGUCGCUAGUAUACCUCCACCUGAUUAUACUGAAUUGCCCUCCUGUCCUGUUUGUCUUGAGCGAUUGGACCCAGAUACUAGUGGAAUACAGAGCACGUUGUGUGACCAUUCUUUUCAUUGUUCUUGCGUCUCCAAAUGGACCUAUUUGUCUUGCCCGGUUUGUCGACUUUGUCAGGAACAAGAUGAAAGGCCGGUCUGUGCUGUAUGUGGAACUCUCAAGAACCUUUGGAUCUGUUUGAUCUGUGGUUUUGUAGGAUGUGGAAGAUAUGAAAAGGGUCAUGCUAGUGGACAUUGGAGUGACAAGAAACAUCAUUUUUCCCUAGAACUGGAAAAGCAACAAAUCUGGGAUUAUGUGGGAGACAGAUAUGUUCAUCGGUUGAAUCAAUCAAAAGUUGAUGGGAAAUCCGCCAUUGUGAGUUCAAGGUGCAGUUCAGUUGAAGAAUGUGGAACAUGUGGAUGUGAUGAAGGGGAAGGACUGGACGGCGCCCUCUUUAGCAGCAAAAUUGAAGGGAUUCUGGAUGAGUACAACCGUCUUCUUGCAAGUCAGCUGGAUAUUCAGAGACAACAUUAUGAAUCAUUACUUGCUGAGGAAAAAAGUAGAAAAGAGAGCUCAACGGCAAAAGCUGUCCAGAAGGCUAUAUUUUCACGGACGCAUGAUCUAGAAGACAAAUUGGAAAAAUAUGCAGACGAAAAGAAGGCUGUUGCAGAUAGGAAUAAAGAGCUUAUGAAGAAACAAGAAUUCCUACAGAACAAGUUCAAGGAAAUUGAAGAAAGGUUAAGAUCGAGUCUCAAGUCGAAGGAUGAAAAGAUUUUAGAUCUACAAGAACAGAUAAGAGACCUAAAAGUUUAUGUUGAAGCCCAAAAAAUGGUUACAAGCAUGGAAGACUCAGACGGCAUUAGAGGAGGGACUAUUUUGCCUGUAGAGUCGAACCAAUCGUCUUCUGGCAACCCGAAACGGCACACAAAGUCUGGCCGACGACGAAAUUAAAGUCCGAACACCUUUCAAGAUCACAUUGUGCAGGUUCAUCAUCCCAUCUGCUGCUUCUUUGCUGCAUUUUCUGUUUUGACAUGGAAAAUACAUUGCCCCUGCUGUUGUAAAUUCACUGCAAAAUUUAGAAUGAUUGAUAGAAAUAUUGUUGUAAAUUCAAGGCUUGUAAUAUGGCAAGCAACCUGACGUUUGUCCGGAGAAGGAACAAAUGCUAUGCAAUUGAUGUGUUUGCAAAAA